AUGCGCGGCAGCUGCCGCCGGCGCUGCAGCCGCCGGCGGAUCUGGUGUUGGGUCUGGCGCAUCGCUCUCCCAAGUACCUGCCCUGCAGGCAAGCAGGGCUGGAGCUGCUGCUCUCGGCCUCCACCGGUUUGGGCAGCCGCCAACCUAUGUUAUCUUAAACGCAGGUUCCUGUACGACGACAAAGGAAGCUCCUUGUAUGAGCGGAUCACUGGCCUGCCCGAGUACCUGCCGUACCGCACCGAGCAGCAGCUGCUGGUGCAGCAACACAUGCCGCCUCCAUCGCGGCACACCUGCCCCCGGGCGGCGUAG